AUGAACUUAUCAUCAAGGGAUACAAUCUCUUUCGUACAGAUCGGAAAACAGCUUAAGGUGGUGGAAUUUUUGUUUACACCCACAACUCACUUUUUGCUGAAAGAAGGAGUGACUUAGAAUCAGAGCAAAUUGAACAAAUCAGUAUAGAAUUUAAACAAUUCCGAUGUGCUCCGAUACUACUCUCUUGUUUUUAUCGUCCUCCUGACUUUACUGUCUCUUUCUUCGAUAGCCUCGCAAAUAUUGUGAACUCUAUUGCCGCUGAAAACAAAGAAGUUCACAUUGUCGUUGAUUGUAACGUUGAUCUGAUCAAGAAAUCCACAAGCGAAUCAAAGUAA